CGAUAAUCUACGACCAAGCUGCUCGAGUUGUGAGCAGAUGGGGAUCCCGUGUUCAUAUACCAAGCUGGAUGCAUCAGCCUUUGAUCCCGCAUCUCUUAAAAUUAUGGAACAGCUCUCUGUCAUUGAGGCCUUGGUGAGAAAUAUACAGAUACCCUCUUCUCUCGGCGAGGGACCUUCUUCGGGCAGUCGCACACAGCUAUGGCAGUCACUCGAGAGGGAAGAUAUUGAAGUGCUUGUAGACCGCUUCUUCAAAAGAGUUAACAACAAGAAUCCGAUACUGAGUCGACGAAUAGUAACCCAAUACUGCCAAAACUACUAUGAGGAUGGCCCCCGGUUCGACCUCGAAACUUGCAUUGUACUUCUAACCUGUGCUCUCGGAGCUGUUGCAAUGGAAUACUCUCCACCCGAUGCAACAUCAAGCCCUGCUGCUCCAGCGCGGUUCUCAUCCUUGAGGCUCGAGGAUCUGCAGUUGGGUCGUUGCUAUUUUGAUGCAGCGGAGAAACGUCUUGGGCCAGCCCUGACUGAAGUCAGUACGCAGGCGAUCCAGUGCCUUUGCCUUGCCGGGAUAUACCACAUGUUCACCCUCAGGCCCAUGCAAGCCUCUCGCAUAUUCCACGCUGCGGGGUCCUCACUAAGAAUCCUAAUGUCGACUAGUCUCAACACGUCUCAGGAAACGUAUCAGCUCUAUUUAAAACUCUUCUGGGCCUGUUCUAAUUCAGAACGUGAGCUUAUCACCGAGCUGCCAGUCAAUCCCCCGUCCUUAACAGGACCUGGAACACCUGAUGCGUACCCACUACCACCACGUAUCGAAAGCAUUGGCCGGGACGAAUGGUCAGUACAAGAGGAAGACAGCUGGUACUUCUUUCUAUCUGAGAUUGCUCUCCGACGAAUCGCAGACCAGGUUUCAGAGGUUGCCGCUGAACACAUUACCAAAAGACUGAACUCCAACGAAUGCCCCGAUAUCCAGGAGCUGAUACCAGUCAUAGCCGAGUUUGAGCAUCAAGUCCACGCAUUUCGCGAGCAGCUCCCCCAUGCCAUGCAGUUUCCAGACGUCCCUGCGUCAGCAGAUACGGAGUGGAAGCAAUACACGCGCGGGCGCUACUAUCGGGUUCUAGAGCUGAUGCAUAGGCCUUUUCUCUUUACAGCCCUUCACGACCCAGAUUGUGGCCCUGUUGUCCACGCUCUGGCUGAAAAGGCUCUUUUCAAUGCCCUGAAAUAUCUCGAGCAUAGCCACACGAGCCAUCGACACCACGGGACGUGGCUGCAGCUCCGGAAUCAACUAAAGGAGACGAGCUUCCUACUCGCCGCAUCCAAAGUCAACGGGUUAGCCAUGCCGGAAGGUUGGGAAGCUGGUGUUAGCAAGACGCUUUCUACAUUUGACUACUGGCUGCAAGAGUUUCCGUCUUGCAAAACCUACACCAAUAUCAUCUUAACACUGGCCAAUGGUCCG